CGUCACCCGGCGAGUUGGCUAUACCCAGUACUAGCUAUAAAGCAUAAGCAUACCCCACCUACUCAGUACCAUAAAACUAGCCUCCGCCUCGCACCAUCUUGCCAUCACCCACCAUCACCCCCCACCACCAGCAAAAUGUCCACCACAAAACUAGCCCAGGCCUUCCCCUGGCUCCAGUCCCCAAUCAUCAUCAACGCCCCAAUGAGCGGCUUCGCCACAAGCUCGCUCGCGAUCGCCGUCACCCGCGCCGGAGGCCUAGGAUACAUCGGGUUCCUGUCCUCCCUCCCAGAACUAGAAACACACCUACAGAACGCGAGACAAAGUCUACCUCCUCCGCCUGAUACAGACAUCCUGCCGAUCGGACUGGGGAUCAUCGUGGCCGUGACCUCCCCAUCGGCAGUCACCGCGCUGGUCGCCGAGUACAAGCCCGCGGUCGUGUGGCUGUCCUUCGGCGCGCCCGCCGACUUCGCCGCAUGGACCGCGAUGAUCCGCACCGCGUCGCCGCACACCCACGUCUGGAUCCAGAUCGGCAGCGUCACGGCGGCGGUCGAGGCGGCGCGGGCGUGCCGCCCGGACGCGCUGGUCAUCCAGGGGUCCGAUGCGGGCGGGCACGGCCAUGCGCGCGGCGCCAGUCUGAUCACCCUGCUGCCGGAGGUGGCGGAUGCACUGCGGGCGCUUGCGUUAAGCGACGAGGACGACGAGGAGGACGACCGGCCAGUCGGCAAGAUCCCGCUGAUUGCGGCGGGCGGGAUCGUGGACGGCCGCGGCGCCGCGGCUGCGAUGGUGCUGGGCGCGGCGGGGGUGGUCAUGGGCACGCGGUUCCUGGCCGCGGAGGAGGCGGUCGUCCCCGCGCAGUACCGCGAGGAGCUGUUUCGGGCGUCGGACGGCGGGGAGGCGACCGCUCGGUCGCGGGUGUUUGAUGAGAUGUGGGGCCCCACUUUCUGGCCGCAGAUGUACGAUGGUCGGAGUUUGACGAAUCGGUGGUAUGAGAUGGAGCAGCAGGGGGUCGGGAUCGAGGUAAUUCGGGCGGAGCUGCAGCGGGAUCUUGGUCGGCUGCGGGAGACGGAGGGCGCCUUUCGGGAUACGAAGAGCCUCUGGGCUGGGUCGGGGGUGGGGCUGGUCAAGAAUAUCCAGAAGGCGGCUGAGAUCGUGGAGGAGGUUAGGGAGGAUGCAAAGAAGAGAUUGCAGGCGGGUAGUGCUUUGCUCUAAGCAUGGAGGUUAUACUUAUUUCUCGGGUUGGCCAGUUAUUUGCAUUGUUGGUUUCCAGGCAUUGUUUGAAUAUGUUAUGUUGCCUAGUGGCGGAUGCUGUUCGAUGCCCAACUCUAGCUACAGUCAAUGAC